AUGAAAUUCUUAUUUAAAUUAGCCAUCAUUGCUUUAGCCUCAGUUUCAGUUGUCAGAGCAAACGAAGAAUGUUUUGUCUGCACUGAACUUGUCAACUUUGCUGAAGAUUUCGUUGAAAAGAAUUCAAGUAUCGUUUAUGUUGAAGGUGAAUUAGAAAAAGUUUGCAAAUUUGCCCCAUCUGAAUAUCAAGCUACUUGUGAUUCACUCGUCACUGCUUAUGGUGCUGAACUUGUUCAAUUAUUAAUUAACAAAGAACCAGCUUCAACUGUUUGCAAUCAAAUUGAUUUAUGUACUUCAUCAUCAGCUGAAGAAUUAACUGGAGGUGUUGAAUGUACCAUCUGUGAUUUUGCUCUUAAAGAAGUUGAAGGUUUCCUCCAAAACAGUGAAACCGAAACUGAAAUCUUAACUCAAGUAGAUAAAGCAUGUGACUUAUUUGGUGGCCUCAAAUCAACUUGUGUAUCAUUAGCCAACUCAUACAUCCCACAAUUAAUCUCUGCCCUCGAAAAUAACCAAAACCCAGAUACCAUUUGUGCUGAAAUCAAAGCAUGUCCAUCAUCAUCAUCAGAAAGAAUGAUCAAAAAAAACUUUUAA